UGCACAAUCAUCAUACUAUGCUGUUUUAAAUACUUUCUCUCGCAUAGCAUUUAUGCAUUUGCUCAGCACACAUUACUGGAUGAUGAUCUAAACCAGAAGCCGGGGUAUGAAAAUUCACUGUCAGUUAAUGUUAGGAAUAGACAGUUGGGCGGACAAGAAUCAGCUGAAGAAAGUGGGGGGGGAAGAGAAGCAACUUCACUUGCAGUGCAGACAGAGAAAAGCGGAGAAGAGCAGAUAAGCGUGUGCUUGAUGUGCUGCAGUGUGACGUGGAUGGAUGUGGGAUUUCUCCCCUGUUCUGUGUGUUGAUGUGAUUGGUGCCCAGAGUCCAUCGCUUCACAGGCUGCUGCUGCCCUGGAGCCAGAGCGCAGGAAUUCACUCUCACAGAGACUAGCACACACAUGCAUUGAGACUCUUACUUACACACGUUUCACACACACACACACACACAGACACCACAUGGACAAAUACAUACUCUGGCAGCACUUCAAAGCAAUACCUGCACUUGUGGUUAAAACAGAGUGUUGCACUCACCUUUUUGACAGCUGUCGCAUCCAUUUUGACCUUUUUAACGGCAUUUUCUUCAAGUUUUGGGAAAAGUGACUUUUUCACCUCAUUGUCCUCGGGACAAGAAGACACUUUUAUCGUUGAGGUAACGGCAUUGGUGCCUCUUGGGAGAUUUUAGGACUAGUUUAUCUUCAUAGCAUCAGCAUCCUGUCUGCGGGGGCUCGCCGUCAGCAUGCAGGUGUCGUUUGUGUGCACGGACCACCGAGCUGUUAGCCGCAGCACAGAGGACCGACUGAACCGACAGAACACCAAUAGCCCGAGUUUGGGGACCAAAAGCAAGUUCCGUGCAGUGGCGAUGGUGGCCCGCAGCCUGGGCCAACUGUCUGUGCAGAACAUGCCCUCCUCUGGUGGCCACUGCUUAAGAACUGGCAUGAAAUAUAGGAACCUUGGGAAAUCUGGAUUACGAGUAUCAUGUUUAGGGCUGGGCACCUGGGUGACGUUUGGUGGUCAGAUCACAGAUGAGAUGGCUGAGCAGCUGAUGACACUGGCGUACGAGAACGGGAUCAAUCUGUUUGACACAGCUGAGGUGUAUGCGGCAGGGAAGGCUGAAAUGGUUCUUGGCAGUGUCAUCAAGAAGAAAGGAUGGAGACGUUCCAGUUUGGUCAUCACCACCAAGAUAUACUGGGGUGGAAAAGCCGAAACAGAAAGAGGCUUGUCCAGAAAACACAUAAUAGAGGGUCUAAGGGCAUCACUGGAGAGACUUCAGUUAGAGUAUGUGGACGUAGUGUUUGCUAACAGGCCCGACCCCAACACACCAAUGGAAGGAGAUCCAUUUAACACUUCAAAAUCAAGAACAUUCAUCAUAGAAGAGACUGUUCGAGCAAUGACCCAUGUGAUUAAUCAGGGAAUGGCCAUGUAUUGGGGUACUUCCCGCUGGAGCUCCAUGGAGAUUAUGGAGGCGUACUCAGUGGCAAGACAGUUUAACCUGAUCCCGCCUGUCUGUGAGCAGGCAGAAUAUCACAUGUUCCAGAGAGAGAAGGUGGAAGUACAGCUGCCUGAACUCUUCCAUAAGAUAGGUGUGGGUGCCAUGACGUGGUCUCCGCUGGCAUGUGGGAUCAUCUCAGGGAAGUAUGACAGCGGUGUGCCUUCUCAUUCCAGAGCCUCUCUCAAGGGCUACCAGUGGUUGAAGGACAAGAUCCUGAGUGAGGAAGGCCGCCGUCAGCAGGCGAAGCUGAAAGAGUUGCAGGCCAUUGCGGAGCGGCUGGGCUGCACGCUGCCCCAGCUGGCCAUCGCGUGGUGUCUGAGGAACGAGGGGGUGAGCUGUGUGCUGCUGGGGGCCUCCAGCACUGAUCAGCUGAUGGAGAACAUAGGAGCCAUUCAGGUUCUUCCAAAAUUAUCAUCAUCAAUAAUACAUGAAGUGGACAGUAUCUUAGGCAACAAGCCCUUCAGUAAAAAAGACUACCGGUCCUAAAAGGAAGGUCAGUGACUGUGUCGACCUGCUUCUUUCUGAGCUUUGACUGAAUUAAACAUUGGCACAUGGGACCAGCACCGUCACAGGUCCUAAAGGAGACGCCAACUCGCACACUACAUGGAGUCUGCUGACAUUAGCCUGAGAGGAGGCCAGGAAUCGCACGGGCAGAAGGGAAGCAUGCUCACGUACUCAAUAAGCAGAACGACGCUCCAACCACUAAGAAACCACUGAGAUCAAGCGCACCGGCUCGCUUCCUCCUCCCCUUUGUCCCCUUGUAGUAAACACUGAGAAGUGCAGUAUUAGGGGUUUGUACUUAUUCUAGAAAUGCAUGAGAUCCACUGGCCAGUGCUUUUUCCCUACAUUUUGGAAAAUUAAUACAUUUGCAUAAGCUGAAAGGAAGUAAUGAAACUGACGAAGCACUGGCAAAUACAUGACUGAACAAUCUAAAAAAGGCAUUAAACUAGUUUUAUAUGGAAACAUCACUGAAUUCAUAGCCAGUAUAGUGAUUGUUUACAAGACCUCAUUUAUACUACAAACUAUAGCAUUUCUGGCUGCUUUUUAGUUCUAAACAUAGAAAGGGAAAGUCAUUGUAGAGUUAUAUAUACAUAAUACUGUAGGUAAACAAAUGUUAGCUUUGGGUUGUGAGAAUAUCAGAAAUAUUAAUCAAAAACAGGCCUCAACAAAUGUGCAAUAUCUGGAAGUGUUCGUAAACCCAUUGUUCUUUUUACUUUCAGGAGCUUUUUCUAGAAAACAAAUUAGACAGUAGUUGAGUCGUGGUCUGUGAGCUUAUUUGUCAGCUUCGUCUGGCUGAAACCAAAGAAAUGUCCGUUUCCUCCAAACCCCUACGUUUGAUCACGUGACUUGUUUUAAAAUAUUAAUUGGUAGUCGUGUCAUCUGUACUCAGUGUUUGUUGCAUUGCCUUAAUGGUGUGUAUUUUGAGUCGUCGUCGAUGAAUGUGGAAAUCUCUGUUCCUAUUUAUUUUAUUUAUUUAUUUCAAUUAUCAGAACUAUUUUGAGCGCACUGGAUUAUUUUUUAUGUCGGUCAGUAUUCACACAUGACUGUCUAAACUAUUUUUAAGGCUUUAAGGUGUUUUUGUUGUUUGUUGUCCGUGUAGUAUGCGUCUUAACGCCCGUUUGUUUUUGGCCAAUGGCGCCCUCUACUGGAAAGGGAAAAAAAAUCAGUAGCUUACAAUAAUAUUUGCAAAACAGUGGAUCUUCUCUUCUUAGUGUAAUUUUUUUCGCAUGUGUUCUCAUUAAACAUUAUUUCAACAUUUUUAAUUACUCAGACAUUUUCAGACUGAUUAGGACAGUGUUCAUUUGAGUCUGAGAUUACUAAAUUAUGCCUUAUUCAGUACAAAUGCUAAAUAUUCAAUGUUGCAACCAUUUAUUUAGCAUGUUUUAUCUGUACAAAUAGAAUUAUCUAGUGUACGCAUUAUGGCAUUUUAAAACCAUCAGUGUUGAAUGGUGAGAAUAAGCUGGUGAGAGUGACAGAGGCUUUAUAGAAUAACUUAUGUUAUUGUAAUUAUUAACUUUUAAUAAUAUAAAUGCCAUUCAUAUCAUAUCAAGGCAGUUCAAAUAAUUCUGACACUCAUUCCAAUAUGAAUGGACUUUUUACUAAAUUUAUGUAUCGUCAUCUACAGAGUCUCAAUACAGUUGGCUGCAUGUACAUACUAAUGAAUUUUAAUAAUGGCCUAUAUUUUAGUGUAGAACAAUGCUUACGCUUGGCUUAGUAUGAAAGUGUUGACCUGUAUGGAAUGUAAUGCAACUUUAUGAGGGUUUUGAUUGAGCUACAUUGAGCUGUAGGAGCAGAAAUGCCGAGUCUAACAUACUGUUAAACUAGAAAAAGUAGGCUUUUUGAAGUAGCACUUAAACCAAAGAAGACAACAGGCUUUGAUAGAAGUGGAAGCAUUGCUUCAGUUGCCAUUAGCUGAGAGUCAUUAUAAAUGUCCUUGUAUUUGUCAUUUGUAUGUUGAGUGAAGCUGCAUCUAUCAUAUGAAAUGUUAGUGGUACUUUUCAGUUCACGGUAUGUUUUGAUAUGUUCGCUCUCGCUCAGGAAGCCAUAACUAUGUUGUUUAGAUGGUAAACAUCGCACAACAUGUAUCAGUUUCGUAAUGUGGAGGAUAAAUGUCAUUAAAUGAGAAAUUGUUGGUGUACACAAUUACAACAACAGCCUAAUAUUUGUUUUGUUUCGUUUUUUUCCUGCAAUGAUAGAGGUUGUUGUAGAAAGAGCCCAAGCUGAAUAUUUUGCUAUAAAAUUAUUUGAAAAAAUAUUGUCAAUAGGAGUAACUGUAUGUACAGGAAAUCUAAAAUGUUUUUUUGUAUAACCUAUUAUUCUGAUAAUUAUUAACUGUAAUAUGACCAUUACUGUUAAAGAAAUGCAUUAAGUUAUGGUGAUCUCUGUAGAUACAUAAUGGAAUGGUUUGAUAACAUGUAUAUAAUCUGAUAUAUACUGUACUGGUUUUAAUGACCAUUAUCACAUUUGCCUUCAUUUAUUUUUUCAUUGGCAAUUAUUGCUUGAUAUUGUGCUUGAAGAAAAAUAUGUACAGCUUCAAACAACUGAAAAUAAAUAAUUCUAAAAUUC